ACGUGACUGGCCCUGAGCUCAGAUCAUCAUGGCGUCUCCCAGUGGGAAGGGAUCUUGGACGCCCGAGGCUCCUGGUUUUGGGCCGCGGGCGCUAGCACGGGACCUGGUGGACUCGGUGGACGACGCCGAGGGCCUUUACGUGGCUGUUGAGCGGUGUCCUCUGUGCAACACCACUCGCCGGCGGUUGACUUGCGCCAAGUGCGUCCAGAGCGGUGAUUUCGUCUAUUUCGACGGCCGCGACCGGGAGAGGUUUAUUGACAAGAAGGAAAGACUAAGCCAACUUAAGAACAAGCAAGAAGAAUUUCAGAAAGAAGUACUAAAAGCUAUGGAAGGAAAGCGGCUUACAGAUCAGUUGAGAUGGAAAAUAAUGUCAUGCAAGAUGAGGAUUGAACAGCUGAAGCAAACAAUAUGUAAAGGAAAUGAGGAAAUGAAGAAAAAUUCUGAAGGUCUCCUCAAGAACAAGGAAAAGAACCAGAAGCUUUACAGCCGAGCACAGCGGCACCAAGAGAAAAAGGAGAAGAUUCAGCGGCACAACCGCAAGCUUGGGGACCUGGUGGAGAAGAAGACCAUUGACUUGAAGAGUCACUAUGAGCGGUUGGCGCGGCUUCGAAGGUCACACAUCCUAGAGCUCACCUCCAUCAUAUUCCCAAUCGACGAAGUGAAGACUUCUGGGAGAGACCCUGCAGACGUGUCUUCAGAGACUGACAGUGCCAUGACCUCAAGCAUGGUGAGCAAGCUUGCUGAGGCCCGGAGGACAACUUACCUCUCUGGAAGAUGGGUCUGUGAUGACCACAAUGGUGACACCAGCAUUAGCAUCACAGGCCCGUGGAUUAGCCUACCAAACAACGGGGACUACUCUGCUUACUACAAUUGGGUAGAAGAGAAGAAAACAACCCAAGGACCUGACAUGGAGCAUAACAACCCCGCCUACACUAUCAGCGCCGCGCUGGGCUACGCCACGCAGCUCGUCAACAUUGUGUCUCACAUACUUGACAUCAAUCUUCCCAAAAAGCUGUGCAACAGCGAGUUCUGUGGCGAAAACCUCAGCAAGCAGAAACUGACACGCGCAGUGAGGAAACUGAACGCAAACAUCCUUUACCUUUGUUCUUCUCAGCAUGUAAAUCUGGAUCAGUUGCAACCACUGCACACACUCAGGAACCUGAUGCACUUGGUCAGCCCGCGCUCUGAGCACCUAGGCAGGUCAGGACCCUUUGAAGUUCGAGCAGACCUCGAGGAGUCCAUGGAAUUUGUGGACCCUGGAGUUGCUGGAGAAUCAGACGCGAGUGGAGAUGAGCGUGUAAGCGAUGAGGAGACUGACCUGGGCACAGACUGGGAGAACCUGCCAAGCCCCCGAUUCUGUGACAUCCCUUCCCAGCCGGUGGAAGUGUCCCAGAGCCAGAGCACCCAGGUGUCCCCACCCAUUGCCAGCAGCAGCGCUGGUGGGAUGAUCUCCUCCGCUGCGGCCUCGGUGACCUCUUGGUUCAAAGCUUACACUGGACACCGCUAACGAGUUGGGACCAAAAAUGCUGAUUUUGUGUCUCAGAGUCUUUCCCACUGCACUCUCAUAACCUUGUCUGUGUAGUUGCGAUAGAGCUUGGAAGCUAUCGCCAGGACAAGAUUAGUGUCAGGGCCUGAGCUCGGGGCUCCUGGGCCCAGGUCCUCAGUAUGCUGGUUCCUGGGUGCAGAGUCUCCCUGACACUAAGUCCUAGGCUUUGAUCAGAUCACAAAGAAGUGUUUCUUGGUAAUGAGGAAUGAAAGACAAAGGCUGAGUUUGUUUUUCUGUCAUCCUCUUGAGAGACCAGCCAGCAGGCCAGCAGCAGUUUGGCCUCAUCCGGGAGAGGUGGUUGUCUGGGGAAGGAGGAAAUGAAAGCUUAUUGCUUAUUGCUUAUUGUCAGUCAUUGUGCGUCACAUUCCUGAUUUCCUACUACACACCAAAGAAACCAAAUUCUUUAUUUCUGUAGACCCAUAUCUGCGAAUGGGGAGUCUGCUGGGAUGGUUAGAUGUCUAAACAGUUCUCUUGUAUUCUGAAGGGAGAUAAGUCAUUGGGAUUGUCUGUACUACACUCACUUCCUCCAUCAUUCCCUGGAUGGGCUAAAUGCUACCCGAGCGUUGGCUGAACACUUACGUGGUCACUCGCUUGCUGUCCGGUUUCUUCCUUGGUGGUGGUGGUGGGGUUAACUAGUAGCAGGUGUUUCCAGGGAACUCUUCCUUCUUGUUCCUGAGGUCUUCUUGUCCCUGGGGUCUCUGAGACUGAAGACAGCACCUUAUGCAGAGUGUAGCGCGGAGCAGCUGUCCCAGGAAAUGCUCAGCUAUCAAGGGAUUUCCUCAGAGGUCAUUCUAAUGACAAUCUUAUAGAAAGCUAUAAAAAGAGAGGCAUUAUGUUCAAGUCAUAAGGAGUUCUUUUUUUAUUUUUAGUAACUUCAAAAAGGAAGUUCUGUGUAACAGACUCCUGCAGUCCUGUGAGAAAGCACCCCCCUCCCCUGGCCUUGUCACCAUAUCCUCCUGUUGUGACUGGUGUGAUGGUACCUCAGCCAGGUCCUUCAGCAGUCUGCCACGCCCUGGCUUCUGUUGACUCACACUGUGGUUGGUACUUUGCCUGCAGAUUGAGGUGCUGUGGCGCUUUGGCAGUUAUUAGAAGUGUAGGAAGGACUUCAUCCUGCCCAGGUUCCCCACGUUCCCAAGCUCUAGAUACCCAGCUGUGGAGCAGGCGGCUGGAGUCUGUUCUGUGCUCAGCUCUGCGACUGCUGGGCUCGUGUUUUACCACCUACUUCUAGGACUUACAGACUGAGUGCGCUGGGAGGAAGCUACAGAAAGUGCAGAGGCCACCAACUACCGCCUACAGCAAUUUAACCACAGUUGCAGAAAGCACAGGGCUGGGUGGCCUUGUUUUAUUUCAUAUCAAUCAGAGGCACUUUUGUCAUCGUCCCUCACAGUAAGUGACCAGCACGGACUGCCUAGGCUGCUCAAGUCCUUGGGGUUUUGUUAUUUUGCACUGGAUCCACCUGUUGUAAAUAGUCUUAAAUACACAUUUCAACCACUGUUUGGUUCCUACACUCUUUGCUGCUCAUUAAAACUUUUUGUGUAGGUGUCAGAACCGUACACAAACAGCUUUCUAGAAAAAAAAAAAUGAAGCUGGUGUUUUGUUUUUUUUUUUUAAACCGAAAGCCAUAGAAGUUGAUCAUGUUUUCCAUUUAAAAAUGAUUUCUUGGAACAAGGUAAUACUAAUAGACACUCAGAGGCACCACAUGGGCUGCUUUACAUGGUCUUACGUAGAACCAAGAAAUGUAACUUACCAUGGUAUGGGGGUCAGCAUUGGGUGGGGUUCAGGUGUGCAUUGGGAAAGCUGCAACGUCAGAACCCCCUUGCUGCGACUGAAACUUCCAGGUCAGGUUGAUCACACAGAUGUUUUCUAAACCUUUGUUGUAUUACUGCAAUAAAUCCUUUAACAGUA